GCUGGAGUACUGCAAGCCCGGAUAAUCCUGCAUAAACCCAAGAAUAAAUUAUCGAUUCACUCUAAAGCUCACAACAGCAGAAGGGACAGUCUGCAUCAUUUUGUGGCUGCUCAGGGUCUUUAUCUCCGAGGAGGAUGCUUCCCCAGAUACUUCAACCUUCCGUUUCUUCAAUCAGAGUCUACAGUAUUUUGGUUCUCCAUCUUCUAAUAGACUUAAAUCGAGGGGAGUCUCAGGUGGUUGGUGCACAUCAACCAAUAGUUGCAUUAGUUGAUAAUGACAUCAUUCUCCCGUGUCACGUGGAGCCUGAAAAGGACGUGACAGCUGAGAUCUUGGAGUGGACCAGGUCUGACUUGACGCCCAAAUUUGUACAUGUGUGGCGUUCUGGUCAGGAUCUCGUGAACACAAGAAAUCCUUCAUACAGAGGAAGAACAUCACUGUUCAUCAAUGAGCUGAAGAAUGGAAACAUUUCACUGAAACUCUCCAGAGUAAAACUCUCUGAUGAAGGAACAUAUGAAUGCGAGGUUCCUUUAAUGGAUGAAAAAGCUUUUGUUAAGCUUGUGGUUGCAUCAGUUGCUGCCACCUCUCCUGUCAUCAGUUUAUCAGGGAUUGACAGUAACAGAGGUGGAGUGGUGUUACGGUGUGAGUCUGCAGGCUGGUAUCCAGAGCCUGAGCUGCUGUGGUUGGACGGUGAGGGAAACCUCCGCUCUGCUGGACCUACAGAGACCCUCAGAGGUCCUGAUGACCUCUAUACUGUCAGCAGCAGAGUGACUGUGGAGAAGAGACACAGCAACAACAUCACCUGCAGAGUCCAACAGAAGAUCAUCAACCAGAGCAGAGAGACACGCAUACAUGUUUUAGAGGAUUUCUUUGAGGUCCAGUCCAGUUCUUCCUCAGUCACCACCGGUUUGGCUGUUUGUUUGGCUCUUUGCAUCAUCCUGUUAAUUUUAGCAUCUGCUCUUCUUGUAUACAUGAAGAGACGAAACAUGAUUAAAACCAAAAGAACCCUCGAGGACUGUGAAGAUGCUCCCACUGAAGAAAACAGAGAGGAAGAGAAGCUCAUGAAGGUGGAUCGUCUCAUGGCUGAAGUAGAAAAACUCAAAGAGGAGAAGCAGCAGCUGCAACAUUUGGUUGAUGCCAAAGAACAAAAGCAUAAGCCUUCAUUGGGUCUCGGGGAGAAGUUGCUGGAUCUGAAUACAGCUACCACAGGCUCAGAGCUGGAGAAAAACCAGGAAGCUGACAAGAAGCUGAAGGACACUGAAGAACUGAAUACAACAACAGUACAACAGUCAGAGUCUCAGUCUGAUGAAUCUCUGAGAUGUUUCCAGGAGCAGAAUCAGAGCAGCUCAGCCAAUCAGAGCCCGAUGAGAGGUGACAUCAUUCUGGAAGAGGUCGAGAGAAAUGGCAGCUAUCUCUGUCUCAAAAACAUUUCCAGAGAGGAUCAAUUUUUGGGAGGUUGGGAGUUGAAACUACAGAACAGCAAACAACAACCCAUAACAUUCAAAUUUAAAGGAGACUAUACACUGAGAGCUGGGCGGACACUCACUUUACGGAUACCGGCUACCAGAAACCAAAAUACUGACACUGAUGACCUGAUCUGGAUCGACCUGGAGAACUGGAGCCUGGAUGACAGCCUGAAGAUCGACCUCAUCAGCAACACUGGAGAGCAGCACAGACUGAAGUGAUGCUUCAUUAAAAACAAAGACACACUUGUGAAUUCACCAGAAUUACUUUUGUCUCAUUUAAGCAUCAUUAAAUUUUGUAUGUUACUAAAAAUUUGUAGAUAUAAAAUGUGAUCUUUAAAAAUGAUUCCUUAUUCUUUGAGGUGCAACACAAAAGUAGUUUUGCUUGGACAUGGAUGAAGAUGAGGCUUCACUGAGUCUGUUGAAGCUGAAGCUGCCUGAGUGAAAACCUCACAAGAGCUCCAAAAAGAGCCCAGCUGGAUUCUUAGUGAAAAUUAUUUUAAUUCAAUUCAGUUUUAUUUAUAUGCCAAACAAAUUUGUGGGUCAAAUUAAUGAGAGUUGCCUUUAACAAUAUGUAGAAUUUGACACUCUAUAAUAAUCAGCAUAAACAAAUGUUGAAUUGACAAUGAUGUUUUUGUAUCCAACUGAACACAAUACAAGGCCAAAUGUGGUUGGAUUGUAUUAUACAGCAGGUCCUGUGUGGCUUCAGUAAUAGAUUUUCUUUCUUUCCUUCUAACGAGCUGCUUUGGUUCCUUUUUUCUGUUCCCCAUUGUCAGAGGUGGAAGUAACGAAGUAAAAAUACUUCGUUACUGUACUUAAGUACAUUUUUCAGGUAUCUUAGUAUUUAUUUUCCUACUUUUUACUUUUACUCCCUAUAUUUUCACACAAGUAUUUGUACUUUCAACUUCUUACAUUUUCAAAACAGAAUUGUUACUUUAGGUUUAACACGUUUUUAUUUCCGGUCAGUGCUCCAUCAAACGAUCUGAGCCUAAACAGAAGAAUAAUAACAUAGAAGAGAAAAUCACACUGGCGUGUCCUCCAUCACCAGAGUUAUCGCGUACAAAGACAUUAAAGAGGCAAACCCAUAUAAUUACUGUAUCAUUAUAGCUCUAUAUUCAGGGGUUACAGCGGGCCGGAGCACCGAUGUUUGUAAGUUGUGCUCGCGGUAAUUCAGCAUUUAACUAGCACUACAGAGAAGGAGCAUAAAGAGAGCAACAUGUAGCAGGUAAUUUUAAAGGCAACGUUUCUAAAUGCAGAGC